AUGUAAAAAGAAGAAACAAUUAUAGAUAUAUUAUCAAAAAAAUUUACUCACAUUGAAAAAUACACUAAUUAAACAAUUAAAUUAGAUUAAAAGAUACAAAAAGCGAUUAUAUUUGUUGGAUUUACAAGGGAAAUGUUCGAUGAAUUUUUUAGAUCUGAAUAAUAACAAGUUACAUUUGACUAAGAAAUUUUAUGUCCUGCUUUUAAUAAGCUUAAUGAGAAAAAUAACAUAAUCAUUUAAAAAAUAAGGGACAAAAAAGAAGAGAUAUAUCAGUUAAAUUUUCCUAAUCUUUUUGAAAACGUUCAAGAACAUAUAGAUGACUCAUUAAUCAUUUUAAGUAAAAUUUUACUAGAAAAAGUAAUUUUGUAGUUGAAUAAAAGUUGUAAAUUUCAUUUUGUGAUAAAUUAUGAACAUUUUAAAAAUUAACUCCUCGAAUAAUAAGACUAAAUUAUAUUCGAUACUCUUUUAUAAAUUGGAAAAUUCAAAUUUUAAUCUUAUGAAUUAUGUUUUGUUAUCCCUUCUGUUAAUCCGUAACAGGUAAAAUAUUUAUUUGAAAAAAAAUAAUUGUCUAAAAUGAUUGAAAAACCUUUGAUGUUUAAGACUACUACAUAUCAAGAAAUAACAAAUCAUGUAAAGAAUUCUCUUGAUUUUUAAUCAAGAGAAGAAUAGAAAGAACCAUUUUAUGGAUAUACUACUUAGCUUUAAAACAAUUGGCAAGAAGAAUUACUUAAAUAUAUUAAUAAUAUCUUUUUUUCUUUUUAACAAAAACUUCUUAGGUGGCAAUAACAAGAAAACAUUAUAAAAGUUGAUUCUAAUAAAGCAUACUUUAAAAUUUUUUUAUAAGAUUUUUCUUUUAGGUGUAGACAGGUAAGCAUAAAUUUCAUAGAAAUAAGUAAAACAAUAAUAUAAUUAAAUUAAAUUAUUGAUAAAUAUGAUUAAACACUUGGAGAAAUUUUGAAAGGGGUAAAAAAUUAAAAUACAUUUAAAGAAUUUCUAAGAAAGGAAAAAAUAAAUCCAUCUGAUAUGUAAAUAGAAAAAUUCUAAAUAGAAAACUAGAAUUUAGACAAAAUUAUUAAUUUUUUUAUUACCUAUAACUACAAUGACUUUAAAGAUUUAUAAAUUAUAGAACUUCAAAUGUUUUAACAAUAAUUAUUCUAAUGGGUGUAAUAUUAUGAUUUAGAUUUAGAAUUUAAUUUCUAUGAAAUAAAAAAAGUUUCAGCAAGUAUUACACAAAAAUAACCUUUGGAUAAAGCUGUCUUGGUUCUAGGAGAAACAAGAGUUGGUAAAAGCACAUUCCUAAAUGUUUUGCAAAAUCCAGAAAACUUAUAGAUUGGAAAAAAACUUGACAGAUUAAUCUAUGAAGUAAAGAAAGAUUAAGUAAGCCCAAUAAAAAUUGGACAUAAUCUGAUAAGUGAAACAUAAUUUUUACAAUAAUUAGAAAUAGGCUAAAUUCAUUAUUUUGACACUCCAGGAUUUAAUGAUACGAGAUCAGAAUUUAAAAGAAUAUCAGAUCUAAUAAAUAUUUAUGAAUAAAUGAGAGUCAUCAAAUAAUUAAUUAUAAUGGUUGUUAUCGAUUGCUCAGAACCAUUCUCUUUUAUAAAUAAAAUUAAAGCGGCCUUUAAUCCAAUACUUCAAAUGUUAAAAAACAAAAAAGAAAUUCCAAAUUUAUUAUUGGUUUUGACUAAAAUGGGUUCAAAUAUAAGAGAAGAAAUUAUCAAUAAUUGGGAAGAGCUAGUCCAAGAUUAAUUAUAGAUACAAUAUCCCUUUAUUUAAGAGAUUUAUUGCAAUAAUAAGAAGUGUUUAUCAUUUUUGAAACCUGAUUAAAAAGAGGUUUCAGAAAAUCCAACAGCAUAUUUUUAAUAGAUUUAGAAAAAAGUUCAAUUAAUGAUUACAGAAAUGUUUUAAGAUGAAUCUUAAGUAUAAAAUAAUUUAGAUUCCUAAUUCCAAAUUUAAGAAGAAUUGUUAAAAUAUUACCAAAAGUGUUAUCCUCAAAUUUAAUUAUUAAUUAAGUAAUCAAUUGUAUAGAUUAAAUGUGGCAUUGAAAAAAAAAUUUUGAAUUCUGAACUUUUUGAACAUAAAGAGUAAAUUGAAGAAUUGAUAAAAUUAAUUAAGGAACAACCCAUUAUAAAUAAAUUAAAUAUGCUUUAAGUAUUAGGAAAGUUGAAAAAGUGGGCUUAAAAGUUUGAAGAUGAAUAAUUAAUUUAUAGUAGCUUACAUCAAACAAUAGAUAAUAUUGAAAUAAUGAUUUAAAUUGGAAAAUAUUUAGCUAAUACAGAAAAUAUUACUCCAGUUUCAUUAGAACUAUUUUAAAAAUGGCUUGAAAAAAUAGUGUUUAAAAUGAAUACAAUAGAAAAUACUAUAUAUGGUGUUAUGGCUAUGGCUGUAGCAACUGUUAGCCCGUUAUUGGUUGAAUCAUUAACUCUUUCUGCAAUUUUAGGUGUUUCUAGAGUUUUGGCUCCUAGACUUAUAAUAAGAUAUAUAGGAAAUAUGACAGUAGACAGGCUUUUUUUAUUACUGAAAAAUUAUAUAUUAAAAAGGUUAUGCAACUCGAUGAUAGGUGAAGAGAUCUGA